UAAGUAUAUUAGCUGCUGUUGUUAUUGCUAAUAAUAGUAAUAUGCCCAUUUCUGGGUGGGGACAUUGGCCAAUGCAGAGCUUGUACUCAGGAGGCCACCAGGGCCUGUCAGGCAGAGGGCCUGUCAGUGGUAUCCUGUUGCAACAGGCAGUUUAGUUAGGAAAUGGCUAAAGUACUCGUUAGGAAGGACUAGAAUGAGGCUUCCCACUGGCCAGUACAGGGGGCAAAGCUGGGAUCCAGGGCUGGGGAAUUUUAGAAUCUGGGUUGUGAUUCAACAUAAGGAAGAAGGCUCUGGCGCUUGGAUCUGCCCCCAAAAGGAAGGGAUAGCUCUUGAGCUGGAAGGCUCUUCCCUUCUGAGCACCUGCCAGUGCUGAGCAGGGUUUAGAGACUGCAGACUCCGCAGUGAUUGAGGGGGACAGCAUCCUUAGAUUCUGGUUGGUUAGAAAGGUGAUAAACCAGUGAACAGAUGUGAACACAAGACCUAUGGUGAAUAAAAUUAGGCUAGUGUGGUGGGGUGGGGAUGUAGGCCCUUUAGGGAGAUGACAUGGGAAAUGAAACCUGAUUGAUAAGGAAGAGCCAGUUCUGGGCAGAGGGAAUGGCCAGUGCAGAGACCCUGAGUGGGGAGAGAAGGCCCACAUGACUGGAGCACAGUGAAUGGCUGGGAAAUGAAAUUGGUGGGGAGCAGUAGCUAAGGACUAAAGUCUGGCCUGAUGCUCCACCCCAUUUUGGGGGUCACUUGUCCUCCUUUUUUUUUUUUUUUUUUUGAGACAAGUCUCACUCUGUUACCCAGGCUGGAGUGCAGUGGUGGGAUCUUGGCUCACCACAAUCUCCGCAUCCUGGGUUCAAGUGAUUCUUCUGACUCAGCCUCCCAAGUAUCUGGGACUACAGGCGUGUGCCGCCAUGCCCGGCUGGUUUUUGUGUUUUUAGUAGAGAAAGGGUUUCACUAUGUUGGCCAAGCUGGUCUCAAAUUCCUGACCUUGUGAUGCGCCUGCCUUGGCCUCCCAAAGCGUGAGCCACCUCGACCAGCCACUUUCGCCUCCUCCAAGCCCACUCAGCCUUUGGUUUGCCCUCUGCACAGUGCACAUUGUACUUGACCUUGGUUCAUCCCCGGUCAGCUCCUGGGGCUCUGAGAUCUUGGUGUGCUCAUUCUUGGCUCUCCCAUUGUUCAGGGGACACUGCCUGGCUCCCAGGGGGUCCUCAGUAAAUGCUUGUGGUAUGACUAUUGAGGGAGGCAUUUUGAUCUAGGACAAGCGGGGGAACAGAUACCUGUCUGAAGAUGUUAUGAAUCAUUUGUGGGCACCACGUGGUGCCAGACUCUGGCCCCUGUUCUGAGAACCGGACGGGGAAGACCUGGGCGCUCAGGUUGGGUCUGACUGUGGUAGGUGGUAUUUGGCCCUUCCUACCCUUCCUUCCUCCUUAGCAGUGAGCUGGUAGGGAGAAAAGACAAGGCUGGGGGAAACUACAGACCCAUUUCCGGGGAUGGAAGGAUGACACUGUCACCCUGGAAAGCAGGUGUAGUCCAUGGGCUGGGGCACAUUGGAAGCCUCGUCUUACUUUCUGUUUAGGGUUAGAGGUGCUCUAGAUGUUUCAGUCUGCCCUCCCUUUCCUCCUUCUCUCCCGUGGCCUUUUCCUGCUCCCCUACAGCAUUGGGAGGGAGGGGUGUUGGCAAUGUUGUAAGGGGAGAGCCUGGGUGCUAUGGGCCGGAGGACCUCACCUUGGCCUGGGGACCUCAGGCAGAGGUCAGGAGUGUGAGGAAUCCCAUUGCCCACCCUCUGGGGUCCUCCUCCUCUCUGCCCCUCCUAGCUUCCAUCAUCUCUUUCUUUUUUCUCAGACCUCAUUUCAGUCUGAGGGGCAGUCCAAUAGCUAGUGAAGACAUGGUCUUGCCCUCACUCUGGGGUGUGGUUGAAACGAAAGAGCUCUGGAGGGGGUGGAAGAAGAGAAGUGGAGAUGUGGGUCAGGGGGCCCUGGCUGAGGGGGGCUUUGGCUCAGUGGGUUUGGGGGAGAGGCUGGGGUGAAGCACACAGUUAGCUUCCACCCUGGAAGGAGAGGUCCGCUGCCCAGUGCUGCCUUGGACUAGGAACUAGGGUCUGGGGCUAGCUCUUAUGUGUGUGUCCUCAUGGAACUUCUCCUAAUAAUGGUAUGCAGCAGAUGUGCACAUCCAGCACUGUUAUAAGUCUUUUACACGUUAACUUGUUUUAAGCCUGCUGAUAACCCUGUGAUUGUUAAUUUUAGAGAUGUCAUCAUUUCUACAGAUGAGGAGUAUGAGGUACAAAGAGAUUAUAUAAUUCAUCCAAGGUGACAAGCAGUGGAACCAGGAUUCGAACCCAGACAGUCUGGGAUCCCGCAUCUGCUCUGCUUUAAGUUGGGCUUCCCAUUUGGGGACUGGUGACCCAUCCCAGAAGAUUUCUGAGAGUCCUCAUUGCUCUGAUUAUAAGGCUGGGCUGCCUGAUUCAGGGGCAUGGAGCCCCUGCUUUUUAGGGGCCUCUGAGGCUUUAGGGCCCAAACUGGAGCCCCUAAAGGAGAGAAGGGUUUUCCGCUUUUUCCUCACGAUAGCUCUCUUCCUGUGCCUGUAACAUGCCCUUUUGGACGCUCAAAGGCCGAGAGCCGGGAGGGGUAUGAGGCAGAGGGGCGAGGUGCUGAUAUGUCUGUAUGGCUCUGAAAUGCUGUCAGCAGCUCCUGGCCACACCCUACACCCCUGGAAGCAGAUUGCCCAGGCCCCCAGGCUCUGAUGCCUAAUCCAGGGAAGUUCUUGGGCUGGCUUGUUCUCCUUUUGUGGCCUGGGUCCUGCCACUGCUCCCAUUCCUGUGUGUCCUGGCCAUGCUGUCUCCAGGGAAUGUGCUUGCUACUCACAUCCACUCUCUCUCUGUAGGCCUCCACAAUGGACAGAGGCCAGGCCCUGCCCCUCCCAGGCAGCCUGGCUCCUGCUGGGCCCUGCAGGCUGAAGGGAUAAUGUGUGUUGGCCAAGGCCUGUUGGUCCAUCCGGAGUCAGAUGCCCUGUAUCCAAGCCCAAUAUGGGACACCAGCACCAAGUCCAGGACCCCGUGACCACCUGGCAAGUGACCCCGUGACCCCUGAGUUCAUCAAGCCCACCAUGGACCUGGCCAGCCCUGAGGUGGCUCCCACUGCCCCGACUACCCUGCCCAGCUUCAGCACCUUCAUGGACGGCUACACAGGAGAGUUUGACACCUUCCUCUACCAACUGCCAGGAACAGUCCAGCCAUGCUCCUCAGCCUCUUCCUCGGCCUCCUCCACAUCCUCAUCCUCAGCCACCUCCCCUGCCUCUGCCUCCUUCAAGUUCGAGGACUUCCAGGUGUACGGCUGCUACCCUGGCCCCCUGAGCGGCCCAGUGGAUGAGGCCCUGUCCUCCAGCGGCUCUGACUACUAUGGCAGCCCCUGCUCGGCCCCAUCGCCAUCCACGCCCAGCUUCCAGCCGCCCCAGCUCUCUCCCUGGGACGGCUCAUUCAGCCAUUUCUCGCCCAGCCAGACUUACGAAGGCUUGCGGGCAUGGACAGAGCAGCUGCCCAAAGCCUCUGGGCCCCCACAGCCUCCAACCUUCUUUUCCUUCAGCUCUCCCACCGGUCCCAGCCCCAGCCUGGCCCAGAGCCCCCUGAAGUUGUUCCCUUCACAGGCUGCCCACCAUCUGGGGGAGGGAGAGAGCUAUUCUGUGCCGACAGCCUUCCCAUGCUUGGCACCCACUUCUCCACACCUUGAGGGCUCGGGGAUACUGGAUGCACCCAUGACUUCAACCAAAGCCCGGAACGGGGCCCCAGGUGGAAGUGAAGGCCGCUGUGCUGUGUGUGGGGACAAUGCGUCGUGCCAGCAUUACGGUGUCCGGACCUGUGAGGGCUGCAAGGGCUUCUUCAAGCGCACAGUGCAGAAAAACGCCAAGUAUAUCUGCCUGGCCAACAAGGACUGCCCUGUGGACAAGAGGCGGCGAAACCGCUGCCAGUUCUGCCGCUUCCAGAAAUGCCUGGCCGUGGGCAUGGUGAAGGAAGUUGUACGAACAGACAGCCUGAAGGGGCGGAGGGGCCGGCUACCUUCAAAACCCAAGCAGUCCCCAGAUGCCUCCCCUGCCAAUCUCCUCACCUCCCUGGUCCGUGCACACCUGGACUCAGGGCCCAGCACUGCCAAACUGGACUACUCCAAGUUCCAGGAGCUGGUGCUGCCCCACUUUGGGAAGGAAGAUGCUGGGGAUGUGCAGCAGUUCUACGACCUGCUUUCCGGUUCCCUGGAGGUCAUCCGCAAGUGGGCGGAAAAGAUCCCUGGCUUUGCGGAGCUGUCACUGGCUGACCAGGACCUGUUGCUGGAGUCAGCCUUCCUGGAGCUCUUCAUCCUCCGCCUGGCAUACCGGUCUAAGCCAGGCGAGGGCAAGCUCAUCUUCUGCUCAGGCCUGGUGCUGCACCGGCUGCAGUGUGCCCGUGGCUUUGGCGACUGGAUUGACAGCAUCCUGGCCUUCUCAAGGUCCCUGCACAGCUUGGUUGUUGAUGUCCCUGCCUUCGCCUGCCUGUCUGCUCUUGUCCUCAUCACCGACCGGCAUGGGCUGCAGGAGCCACGGCGGGUGGAGGAACUGCAGAACCGCAUCGCCAGCUGCCUGAAGGAGCACGUGGCGGCUGUGGCAGGUGACCCCCAGCCGGCCAGCUGCCUGUCACGUCUGCUGGGUAAACUGCCUGAGCUGCGGACCCUGUGCACCCAGGGCCUGCAGCGCAUCUUCUACCUCAAGCUGGAGGACUUGGUGCCCCCUCCACCUAUCAUCGACAAGAUCUUCAUGGACACGCUGCCCUUCUGACCCCCGUCUGGGAACACACGUGCACAUGUGCACUCUCAUAUGCCACCCCACGUGCCUUUAGUCCACGGACCCCCAGAGCACCCCCAAGCCUGGGCUUGAGCUGCAGAAUGACUCCACCUUAUCACCUGUUCCAGGAGGUUUGCAGGGAGCUCAAGCCCUCGGGGAGGGGGAUGCAUUCAUGGGGGUGACCCCACGAUUUGUCUUACCCUGCAGCCUGGCCCUGGCCUUUAUGUUUUUUGUAAGAUAAAAAAAUGUUUUUAACACAUACUGCCGUGCUGUAAAUAAGCCCAGGAAGAAAGAGAUUGAGGUGGGAGUGGGGGGAGGAGGAAGGGACGGGCUCCACUAGCCUGGGCAGCCUUUCCAGCCUCCUGCUGGCUCUCUCUUCCUACCCUCCUUCCACAUGUAUAUAAACUGUCACUCUAGAAAGAAGACAAAUGACAGAUUCUGACAUUUAUAUUUGUGUAUUUUCAUGGAUUUAUAGUAUGUGACUUUUCUGAUUAAUAUAUUUAAUAUAUUGAAUAAAAAAUAGACAUGUAGCUGGAA